AUGAAGGUUCAUUGUGGAGAUCCUAACUGCUUCUUAGCAGACCUCUCCUCAGCCAACUCUGUUUAUGUGAAAAAAUUCAAAAGAAAGAAAAAAAGAGUUGGCAAGAAAGCUGUAUGCUUACUAUAAUCGCACCAUUUUCAAUGACCAGGUGUGUUGUUUUGUUUUUUCUUUUGGAAAUUUACCAACUAGGUGCAUUAAUUAGUAUUAACCUACAUUUACAAAUGUAUUAAUUGUGUUCUAUAUGCUGUGAAAAAAAGCACUUAUAGAACGUGUUGGCUGGUUCUGAACAAAAAUACCAGGCAUUGUACUGACCAAGUAUGAUCAUUUUUGUUUCAGCUUCCUGAUGACCUAGAAAUUCAAUGGAAUAAGAGGUUAACGAAAACUGCUGGUCUUUGUAAAAAUGAUGCCAUUAAUAUACCUUAUUCAGGAUGCUACUCGGUUAUACAACUGUCAGACAAAGUCUGUGACUCUGCAGGUAAGAUACUUACUAUAUCAUGCCAUGUUGGUGGUGUUUUCUUUACUCUCUUCUACUUGACUGAAUUAUAUUUUCUAACCUCCAGAUCGUGUUCGGGAUACAUUGAUCCAUGAGGUCUGUCAUGCGGCUGCAUGGUUGAUUAAUAAAGUCCCCAACGGUCACGGCUUAAUAUGGAAAUAUUAUGCCAUGAAAGCUACAGCUCUCCACCCAGAGCUUCCAAAAAUUACUCAGUACCACAAUUAUCAAAUACACUAUAAGUACAUCUAUCAAUGCAGUGGCUGCAAAAGAACGUAA